CCGCUUGAAGACUAUUUUAAGGCUAAGGAAACUAAUACACGGGACAUCCAUGUCUUCAUUGUUUCCACUUCCACUGCCUCUGACUUUCCAAACAAAAGGACAAAGCUCGAAGAUAGAACAUCAGAUUUUUUAAAUUUGCUCUUGUGUCCCUUUGAUACUGAAAUUGAUUGUACUAAUGUUGAGCAGUUCCUUUCGGCAAAACUACCACUUAAAUUGCCAUGUUUUCCUGGUUUAGUUAUGGGCUAUACUGACGUAAUUGAAGACACAUUUUCAAGCUCUAUUUAUUCUUCUAGAUUAAGUUUGAUUGUUGGUGAAGUUAUGAGCGCAUCAUUUAAACAAAUUUCUGGUGGGGAGGCAAGAACUUUGGGAAAUAUUGAUGUUCAUAUUAGGAAAAUUAUUGAACUUGCCCAAGAAUAUGAAGAGAAUUGUAGUGAUUUAGAUUUGGAUCGUAACAAGACAAUUAAAUCUACAACCACUACCACAGAGCAUCCGAGAAGUCGACCAGAUAUGACAAUCUAUUAUAAGAACGUGCUUUUUAUGAUGGGUGAGGAGAAAGACCUUGAUGGUAGAUUGGAAGCUGCAGAAAAACAAUUAGAUGGAUAUUUUGACUUUUGGAAUCCACUUGCCUUUGGUAAACUGCCAUUUGUUAUGGCUUUUGUAGCAGCCGGUAUAAAAUUGCAAUUUUACUAUUAUUAUUCGAACAACAACAAUGUACCAGUACGUGUGAGAAUUGGUAACACUAUAAACCUUGGAACUACAAAUCGAAUGAAUAACUUUAAGGCACUUCAACAUACAAUCAAUGCUAUUCGGAUUAUUCGGACUUGGGAUCUCAAGCAGUAUAUACGACGUCCGGAGAUAAAGUUAUAUGAAGUGAUCCAACGAAGAAAUGGAACCACCGUCACAAUAAACCCCAAAAAAGUAAUUAAAAAAUUACAUAUAGAGAAACGAGAGCCCGCCUAUAAAACGUUCCUUAAGUUUUUUUACGAAAAUAUUUUUCCAAAAUUAGAUAAUUAUAAGUUACUUGAAUCAAAAUAUCAUGCAAGAUGGAUAUAUUUAGAAUUUGCACCACUGCGAUAUGCUAUAUGGAGUGUAUUUAAAAGUGUAAUGAUCCUUCACGCAAAUGAGAUUGUUCAUCGGGACAUUCGUUGGGAAAACGUCAUGAGACUUACAGAUAAUAGUUGGGUUUUAAUUGACUUCGAAGAAGCUGCUCCAAUCGGAAGAGGUAACCGAAGUACACCUAUAUUAAAUAUUGCGGCUCCGGAAUAUAGAGGUAUGGAAUCCGAUCCAUGCCGAGCAGCAGGUGAUAUCUGGAUGAUUGGAAACCUUUUGAACGAUUUAAGAAUUCUUCAAAUUCAGCUUUCUGCAAGAGCUAGAAAUUUUCGGGAUAGAUUGACACAACAAAAUCAUGAUGAAAGACCAUCUGCAGCAGAUGCUAUUGAUGACGACUGGUUUAGCGAUAUGUAAAGACAGUAUUUCUCCAUGCUAUAUUUGGUAAGCA